UGAUUAUAUAGACCGAUCAGGCUAUACAAAUCAUCCCGAUCGGGAUUUAUAGCCCAAUCGGGAUAAUCGUAUAGGCCGAUCGGGAUAAAUAUCCCGUUCGGAAUAUAAGUCAUGACUCCGCACUGACGGUUUAUUACGUUUAGGUGAAGGAAUUUGUACUAUCAAAAGAAGUUCAGAAACUAUUGGUAAUCUAUGGAGAAUCCGGGUGCGGAAAAUCAUCGAUUAUGGCAAAAAUUGCUGAACAGAUUGAAACGACAAACAAUGCGCUAAAUUAUCUUUAUAGUCGGUUGUCAGAACGACAUGGUACAGUAUUAUUUCAACGUGCAAUGGAAUAUAUUCAUAUAUUUCAGGGUAUAACAGAAAAUGAAUUGGAAGACAUUUUGAGUUCAGAUGAUCAAGUAUUACAGUCAAUAUUCGUACACUAUUUACCACCGAUAGAAAUAUUUCGUUUGCCCGGUACGUUGUGGACACGAAUUAAGAAUGAUAUGAAAAAUUAUUUAGUUGAAAAAGAAAUUGAUGGGUUAACGUGUAUUUACUUUUACCAUCGUAGUUUUUUUGAAUACAUACCAUGUAUGCAAGACAUUUAUUCACAGCUAGAGAUAUUAGAGAAAAAUCGUCUGAAUUACUUUUUUGGAUUAUAUCAACCGCCAAAUCAGAAGUCUUAUGAACUCAGCAAAAAAUUACAACAGAAAUAUCACUAUUCAUCUGACACAAUUCAAACAAAUCGUCGUCUAAGCGUAAUGCAACCAUUUCGUAAACGCGUAAAGAAAGGAGAACAAUUUAACUACAGACGACUGAAACAAUUGACAGAAGGAACUGAACGAUACGAUUAUAUGCAUCCAUCUACAUUAUAUAACUAUGAAUUUAUGUUGUGUUAUCUAAAAACUGGACUAAAAAUAAAGCUAUUACUAGAAAAAUUUUCUAAUUUUAAACAAUUCUAUCGUCCUGGUGAAUUUCAGUUUCUAUUCAAAUUGUAUGAAAUGUUACAAUCGAUACUCGAUCGAUAUCCAUCAAACUUUGCAUUUGAAAUAUCGAGUAGAUUAGAAAGAUUUAGAGAGUUACCAUCUAAUUUAAUGUCGCUUCAACAGCAAUGUAGUGAACAUUCAGUUCUACGAUCACUGCAGUCCUCAUCAUGUGUCGAACCAUUGCAUAGAUGCCAAUUUAACUCGAAUAUUCAUUGCAUAGCAAUUGAAGAUGAACAUCUCUAUAUAUUGACAGAUAGUCAAUUAGUAGUUGCACUAGCAAAAUAUUAUUUAACUGACUAUACAUGGAAAUGGAAUUUACCUUCGCUGACAAGUGCAUACAAAUCAAUUGUACACUACUAUACAUUCUUUAUCUGUGUAUACACAUCAAAUUCAUUUCUCGUCUACGAUUACCAUAGAACAGAACCAAUUUGUUUCCAUCAGGAAGAAGAGAUAAAUAAAGAUAAUGAAUAUCUCAUAGUUGAUACUGUCGGUUUUGAAACAAUUCUAUGCUGCAAAAGAAAUGGUACACUAUUCAUUUGGAAUUUUGUACAGAAUCAACUGAAACACACAAUUGAAUUGAACCAACAAAUUUCAAAUUGUACGAUCUGCCGUAGUAAAUUAAGAGAAAAUGCUGGUGAUACAAAUACCUAUACUCUACUAAAAAUUUAUCCAGCCAAAUCAAACGAACUACACUAUCUAGUUAUAAUUACAAUGGAUCCUACAAUAUUAAAAGUUGUAUGGAUCGGUAAGAUUGAAUUACAACAAUCUGUUAAGAAUAUGUCAAUUGACAUUGAUUUACUGAACGUAUGUACCGAUGUUCAGUAUCAUAAGGAAAAACAUCAGUUACACUUCUAUCAGAUACCAUAUAUUGAUAAAGAGAAAUUGUUACCGACUGAUCAAAUAGAAUUCGACUUCAGACAGACACAACUUUCAAAAUCUAUUUAUCUCAGUCUCAAUGAACUUUCUUCCAUUGAUAGAGCAGACCUAAAACUGUUGCCUCAAUCACAUUUCUUAGAGAAACCAUUGCUCUGUGCUAUAACUAACGAGUCCGUUCAAAUAAUUCACAGUUGCGAAUGUGAACAAUUAUCAAAUUUCAAGUUCGAUCGACAGCCAGAGUAUAAAUAUAAUUAUUUAACUAUACCGACACAUUGUCACUAUGGUUCAGCUGUAUCAGCACAUUUUGGUUAUAAAGAGUACAACUAUCUACUAUGUUGGAAUAGUAGUGGUUUAAUCGACAUAUAUAAGUGGAAAUGCGAUUAUAACCAUGUCCACAGUUAUAGUGCAUUGAUACAUUUAGAUGUGUAUAAUAGAACAAUUAUGAAUGUGAUUUUCUCUAUUGAUUGGACUAAUGGCAUCACAGUCUACGUUAGUCUAGCAGAUGGUGAAUUACAGAAAUAUAAUGUAGCAUUUUCGUUACUAUGCAAACAGAAAAGUUUUAUUAAAAAUGAUUCAGACCGUACGAAAAUUUCCCAACUGUAUGUUGAAUGUGGUCAUAUUGUUACGCUGAACGAGGCAAAAAAGUACGUAACGUUAUAG